AUGGCAUCUUCAACAGCUACGGCUGCACACCCUGCCCCGCCGUCCCUCUCUCUGCCGCCAUCGCAAUUCGCCCGACUGCAGCCACACGCCUACCUACUCGCCCACUUAUCGCCUCCUACCUCUAGCAACCAGCCCUCCAUCCGAGCCAAUGGCCGAUCUGCCUCCCAAUUCCGCGUGACCUCUGCGAACACAGGCUCAUUGACACAUACAAACGGCAGCGCCGUCGUGAGAAUUGGCGAUACUGCAGCCGUAUGCGGUGUGAGAGCAGAAAUCCUGCACACAGACGAUAUUGCCUCGUGGAGCGUGUCCCGGGCACCGUCAUCAGAUGCAUCCAACAAGCGACAAAAGUUAGCGGACGACCCUGAAGCCGACGACGACGAUGAUGAUGAAUCGCACAUCGAAGAUCUCAGUCUGCUUGUCCCCAAUCUCUCGCUGAGCACCGGCUGUGCACCUGGUUUCAUUCCCAGUGCGCCACCAUCGCCCCUGGCACAGUCAUUGUCUCAUCAAAUUCUUUCAUUGCUCCAUGGGACUCGACUGGUUCGUGCGGAGGACCUGCGGAUCUGGCACCAGCCGCCGAAUUUUGGAGCGGAGGAAUUAGAACGCCAUAACGAGGGUGAGCAGAUGGAUGUGGACGCGGAUCAAGACCAGAAGGAUACCAAGAACCGCGAGAUCAAGGCAUUCUGGGUCCUGUACAUCGAUAUCAUGAUUAUUUCGCUCGCGGGCAAUCCAUUUGACGUUGCCUGGGCGGCUGUCUUGGCUGCUCUUCGGGAUACGAAGCUUCCCAAGGCCUGGUGGGAUGUCGAUAAUGAGAUGGUGCUGUGCUCAGAUGAUGUCUCGGAGGCACGGACGCUAUCUUUGCGCGGUAUGCCCGUGGCGAGCUCGUAUGGUGUCUUCGAGGCCGAUGCUGCUGCUGGAUGGAGAGCGGUGAUUAUCCCCGACGCGGAAGAAGAGAAGAAGAUUGAAGAAAGCCAAAAGAAGGGCAUGCAACGGAGGUGGAUUUUGGCAGACCCUGAUGGGUAUGAGGAGGGCAUGACCGAGGAGAGAAUUUGCGUCGUUGUCGACAAGAAGAACGGUGGAAAGGGGAAGACCGUGAUUGUGAAGCUGGAGAAGAAUGGCGGAUGGGCUGUGGACAGUAAAGACCUGAAGCAGCUUGUGGAUCUUUCUGCGCAAAGAUGGGACGAGAUGAAGCAGAUCUUUGAGCAAUGUUGA